UUACUUUUCAAGCUUUUCAGCAAAACUUGGAAAUUAGUAACUCAGACUGGACUAUUUUUGUAACUAUGUAUAUCUGCUUGUGUUAUCCUUCACAGAUGGAGAGUAUAUGACAUUCACCAGAUAUGAGCCUAUUGGAGUUUGUGGGCAAAUUAUCCCCUGGAACUUCCCUCUGAUGAUGACUGCGUGGAAGCUGGGCCCAGCGGUGGCGUGUGGAAACACUGUUGUCCUAAAACCAGCUGAGCAGACGCCACUCACCUGCCUCUAUAUAGCUGCUCUCGCCAAGGAGGCUGGGUUUCCACCGGGAGUCAUCAAUAUUUUGCCAGGAUACGGUCCAACAGCAGGAGCUGCAAUUGCUUCGCACAUGGGCAUAGACAAAGUUGCUUUCACGGGAUCAACCGAGGUUGGCAAGCUAAUCCAAGAGGCGGCGGGGAAGAGUAACCUGAAGAGAAUAACGCUGGAGCUGGGAGGGAAGAAUCCCAACAUCAUAUUUGCAGAUGCAGACUUGGAUGUGGCGGUUGAACAGGCCCAUCAGGGCGUGUUUUUCAACGCAGGCCAAUGCUGUACAGCAGGUUCACGCAUUUUUGUGGAGGAUUCCAUAUAUGAUGAGUUUGUCCGAAGGAGCGUGGAACGAGCCAAAAGGAGGAUAGUCGGCAGCCCCUUUGACCCUACAACUGAGCAGGGUCCACAGAUCAGUCGGGAGCAGCAGAAUCGUGUGUUGGAGUUCAUCCAGAGCGGCAUCAAUGAAGGAGCCAAGCUGGAGUGUGGAGGCAAAGCUCUGGGCCUGAAAGGGUUCUUCAUCGAACCCACCGUGUUCUCUAACGUGACAGACGACAUGCGUAUCGCCAGAGAAGAGAUUUUUGGCCCAGUCCAGCAAAUAAUGAAGUUCAAAACGAUUGAAGAGGUGAUUGAAAGGGCCAACAACUCAGACUAUGGUUUGGUUGCCGCUGUUUUCACCAGUGACAUCAACAAAGCCAUGACCAUAACCACAGCCUUGCAGGCCGGCACUGUGUGGAUAAACUGCUUCAAUGCUCUGAGCACACAGUGUCCGUUUGGAGGAUACAAAAUGUCUGGCAAUGGACGUGAAUUAGGAGAAAGUGGCCUAAGGGAGUACACAGAACAGAAGACCAUCACAAUGAGGAUGGUCUGCAAAAACUCUUAGAGGCGAACACUUCACCCAAAGGAGACCGUGUCAACUUCAUCGCCACACUGUCCUCAGCAACAGACCACAACAACCGUCCAAACUAAAUCUCUCUCCCUGGUUGAAUUCAGGCCAUAUUCACCCACUGCCUGUGGUCUCUCCCAUUAACUUAGCCCAGCGGUCAGCCGUUUUCCCCACAGCUAUAUCCAUUGCGCUCAUAUGGUAUACCUCCUCCACUAACGACACUAAAGCACUCACAGAGAUGAUUAGGGAGGCCUUUCUGACUGCGUGGUCCAAUAACACCACCCUACCCAGCCGCUGACCCCCGACCGUUCCCCACACCAGGUGCUGGAUGCUCAGAGACUCGGUCGCUGCACUUGCAAUAAGCCCUUUACUAGCUACUUGUUAUCUGAGGGGAGGUGGUUUUUCUUUUUGCUGUGCGGUAUGAUUGUCAAAAACUUAUGUGUCAUUUACUUUGUUAGAAUUUGCAAGAGCAUGCCAGCUCAUUCAAGACCACUGAUAUUUUUUGUCAGCUUCAGCCAUGAAAAGAUAAAAUGUUAAUUCAGAAUUUUAAUUGAAUGCUAAUUGUCUUUGUUUAUAUAUUAGCUCAUAUGACCUAACACUGUAUGUAAACCUUUGACCUGCAUUAAGAUGUUAAACUCUUAAAAAGCAUUUUACUCUCACUUGUUAAAAAGAAAAGCAGAGUAGAUGUAUUUUAAACUUUUGUAACUGAUAUCAUUGAUGUCCAUCUAUGUCUGUGUUUAUGUUUCUACAAUCAUAUGGUAUAAAAUUAUAAAAUGACUGUAGUUUUUUU